AUGGAUACAUUCUGCCGUAUGAUGUCACCGGAAGGAAAUCGACCAGAGGGUGGGUAUGGGUGGGUAGUGGUAGCCGCAGUGUUUUCUACCUUCGUAAUUCAUAUAGGGAUACGGGGAGCGACCGGGAUAAUCCACAGUGAACUGGUCAAGACCACCUCCGCUGAUCUGGCUGUGAUUGGCUGGAUCGGCUCUUUAAUGACUGGACUUAAUACACUUUCAGCACCACUUGUGUCCAUCCUAACGGAACUGGUACCUUGCAGGUUACUAAUUAUAACCGGAAAUAUAUUGAUUAGUGUGGGGUUCCUCUGCGCAGCCUUUAUCUCUUCAGUUCCGGUGCUGAUUUUGUGCCUGGGGAUUCUUCCAGGUAUUGGUAUGAAUUUAGUGAUGUUUUCAUCAACAAUAAUUUUGAAAGGAUAUUUUGUGCAAAAAAUGUCCCUUGCUUGGGGAAUUUGCCUGGCUGGCGCUGGUGUGGGUAUGAUAAGUUUCCCGCCAUUUUAUGUUUACUUACACACAACUUUUGGAUUAAAGGGAUCCUUCCUUUUAUGUUCAGGCAUUUGUUUGAAUUGUGUCGUAUUUUCCUGCUUAUCCAAACCAAGCAAAUUUCAAACUCGAAAAAAACGAUCGGAAAAGAGAUUUUUAAUAACAGAACUAUUUGACUUUAGCCUUUUUAAAUCGCAUAACUUUGUUUUGUUUGUGACGGCUCAUCUUCUGUUCAACACUGGUUAUGCCGCUCCUUUCACAUACUUGCCAAUCAAAGGAGAGGAGGAGGGCUUCUCGGAGCAGUCGUCUGCCCUAUUCAUAACGUCCUUGGGAGCCGGAAGUUCAAUAGCAAGAAUAGCAUUCGGAUGGUUCUCGACGAAGUUUCCUGCACUUCGGACUCGAGCAUAUCUUGGUGUUGUGUUCACAGCGAUCCUGACGUUACUUCCGGUGGCAUUCUCUCGCUCCUAUCCAAUAAUCAUCGCUUGUUCAGCGGUGUUUGGCGCAUGUUCAGGAAUCACCCAUACAGAAAUCCCUUCAGUAUUUCUUGGGAUGUUGGGAGUGGACAGGUUUCCUAGCAGUCUUUCUAUAGCAGCUAUGCAGCAGGGAAUCGGGUCCCUUAUAGGAAUUCCACUUGCAGAGAUGAUAUGUCGGAUUGCUGGGGACAACAAUGUUGCCUUUUUCUUCACCUCUAUCAUGUAUGCGAUGGCUUUUAUCCUUAUGGUCUUGUCCUUUUACUUGCCUGAUAAAGCUUUAACAAAAACUGAAGAUCAAAAGUUCGAGUCCAAAAUCACGUUAUUGGAUCUGGAAAUCAACAGACCAGUGGCAGCUUGA